AUGAGCGCGCUGGAGGUGCAGCCCCGGCGGAGCUGGCGGCCGGUGCCCUGUGGAAAGGCUCCCGGAGCGUCGCGCCGGAGCGCCUGCCUGGGGCCGACGGUCGCGGUGACCAGGCGGCCGCUGGAGCGCGAGAGCGUGAAGACGGUGCUCGCCAGCGUGAGGGCGAAGCCAGAGUCUAGGAGUCCGAGCAUAUGUUCCGAGGCGGAUUUUCCCGACGCCUCGGGCUCCGGCAGUCGUUCCAAUGGGUCGGAGAAGACUCAGGAGAGGCUGGCGCUGUUUGCGCGCCGUCACCAGGGCAAGUUGGCCAACAAUCUUUCGAUGAAGAUGGCCACCAAAGUGAUGCCCGGGGCCGAGGCGGCCAGCGACUCCGACGCCCAGGUCGACCGGGCCCCUGCGGCAGCCAGCUCCUACUACCUCAGAGUGCUAGCCCCGAAGCACCAGGCCGCAGGCAAACGCAACUUGGCAGACAUGGCUCUCAUGUGCCGGCUCUUGGACCUCAUGGCCAAGCGGAAAACUCAGAGGGCCAUGGACUUUGUGGCCCAACAUUUGAAGGCCUUGGAAACGGCCAGCGUGGACGGCAAUUGGGCCAGAGCCAAAUUUUUAGAAUUGAUGGAAGAAGAGGGCGCCUCGAUGGUCGGCCGGUCAGAGCGGUAUAUGAUGCGAGCGGAGGUCCGUGCGGAGCAUCAGUUGGAGUCGCGCCCGAACCAGUACCACGCCCAGAACUACCAGAACCAACACCAGUACCAGACCGGCAAGGGCGGCAAGAAGGACCAGGCAUCCGACCCCGGGCGCACCGGCAGCCCGCUGGACGGCAAGGGCCUGGCUUACAUCCAGAGGGCCAAGGGCAAAGGCAAGGGCAAGCCGGGCAAGUGGUGA